CCAAUCCCCUGGAACGCGCUGCUAAAAUCUCUCCAGACCCCCGCGCGCCAUCCCCUCACCUCGUGCCCGUCCGCCCGCCACCUCAACCGCUCCAGUGCUCUCGGCUCCGGCGCCGGCCGCCCCCCCUCAACGCUCUCGCGAAGGUUCUAGAGCCUUCUCGGGAUGCAGAACGCCGCGGCCUUCCGGCCGUGCCCCGCCCGGCCGCUGGUGGGCCGCAGCCCUACCCGGCCGCUCCUCCCGGCCCGCCCGCUCCGCGUAUCCUCCGCCGGCGCCGUCGCCGCUGCCGCCUCGACCAGAUGCGGCGCCGUGGGCCCGCGCGGCCUCGGGCACGGCCUGCUGCCGGUCUCGACGGACCGGGAGGGCAAGGCCCACCAGCGGCCAGUGGCGUGCGGCGCGGUCGGGAAGGCCGGGAAGGCGGAGGAGGAAGGCGGCGGGUUCCUCAAGACGCUGCAGCUCGGCGCGUUCUUCGGCCUCUGGUAUCUCUUCAACAUCUACUUCAACAUCUAUAACAAGCAGGUUCUCAAGGUUUUCCCGUACCCCAUAAACAUUACAGAAGUUCAAUUUGCUGUUGGAGCUGCAGUUGCUGUUUUUAUGUGGAUCUCUGGUAUUCUGAAGAGACCAAAGAUUUCUGGAGCACAGCUUGUGGCCAUCCUACCUCUGGCUAUUGUCCAUACUAUGGGCAAUCUUUUCACCAACAUGAGCCUUGGGAAGGUUGCGGUGUCAUUUACACAUACCAUCAAGGCUAUGGAACCUUUCUUUUCUGUUGUUCUUUCUGCAAUUUUCCUUGGCGAGUUACCUACUGUUUGGGUAGGAUUAUCUCUUCUUCCAAUUGUUGGUGGUGUAGCAUUGGCAUCUCUUACUGAGGCAUCCUUUAACUGGGCUGGCUUUUGGAGUGCUAUGGCUUCAAAUGUUACCUUCCAAUCUCGUAAUGUACUGAGCAAGAAGCUUAUGGUUAAGAAAGAGGGCCAGGAAUCUUUGGACAACAUUAAUCUCUUCUCUAUCAUUACAGUGAUGUCCUUUUUCCUAUUGGCGCCUGUUACCUUCUUUACAGAAGGCGUCAAAAUGACUCCUACAUACUUGCAAUCUGCUGGUCUGAAUGCAAACCAGGUACUUACAAGGUCUCUGCUUGCUGCACUGUGUUUCCACGCAUAUCAACAGGUGUCGUACAUGAUUCUGGCCGUGGUGUCUCCUGUUACUCAUUCUGUGGGCAACUGUGUUAAGCGUGUCGUGGUCAUUGUAACAUCAGUGCUGUUCUUCAGGACACCUGUUUCUCCUAUCAACUCCCUCGGUACCGCGAUUGCACUUGCAGGAGUUUUCCUGUACUCACAACUGAAGAGACUCAAGCCCAAGCCGAAGACUGCUUAAACAGUAACCAUGUUUUCUAUUUUCUCUCUUGUGUUUAUGGAGUCAAAUCAUGGCAGCACACCUUGAAAGUGUUGAUUUUAGUUUAGAAAUUGUUUUUCUUGAAAUUUGUGUCUGUAGAAGUACAAGAGCUGUAUAGCAUCUAUAUAUAUGUUCCCUUGGUGUCUCAACAAGAGUAAUAUUAUUGCUUAGUAUAGGCGCCCGAGUCACAAAACAAUGCUAAGCAUGCAGCAAGCAUUUUCCCUCCGUGAACAUGAGGUAAAUUGCACAUUAUGAA